GCACAAGACGACUCAACUUUCCGACCAAAACAAAACCUUUUAUUGUAAGCAGCGCUUUUUUUCCAUGCUGUUUCAAUGCCACUCUGAUUGAUUGUUAACAUUGAUAAACACAUUUCCCUUCCCUAUUUUGUGUCUUGAGGAAAAUACGUGUACGUCAAGACAUGUACGUGAAGCUCGGAUCGGUUCAGUUACUGGAAACAAAAACAGUUCAACAACAUUAUUAGUCAUACGCGAGCCUCUUCCACAAGAACAACAAAAAUCCCAUGCUUUGUGAAAAUAUUUUGUAAGGUUUUUUUCUGAGUCUCCCGUCAAAAAAACGGACAUGCGCAGUUCUCGCCAAGGGGACGUCAGUGCGCAGAGCGCUACAAGAGGAAGGUGGGACGGUAGGACCAGGGAUGCAUGGCUUUAUAUACCUUAUGUUAAGCGUCUAGCUCUCCGGCAGCUUGCAUCAUGACCCGGUUCCUAUUGCUGUCGCGGUGCGUUUUGACGCUCGUCUGGUGCUGCUCGGCCGCUGUGGGAGAUCCCGAUUCCGCCCAAGUGGACGGUGCUCCGCCUUCUAAAAUAGCCAUCGUCGGCGCCGGACUCGGUGGGACAGCGACGGCCCAUUUCCUGCGGCAGCACUUCGGGCCGGAGGUGCGGAUCGACGUGUACGAGAAGGGCGCGGUCGGCGGCCGCCUGGCCACGGUGACGGUCAACAACCAGGAGUACGAGUCUGGGGCCUCCAUCAUCCACUCCCUCAACCUGCACAUGCAGGACUUCGUCAAGCAGCUGGGGCUGAAGUACCGGAAGAGCGUGGCGGGGAAGACCGCUGUGUUCAACGGCGAGCACUUCAUCCUGGAGGAGACUGACUGGUACCUGCUGGAUCUCUUCCGCCUGUGGUGGCGCUACGGCUUCAGCUUCAUCCGCCUGCAGAUGUGGGUGGAGGAGAUCAUGGAGAAGUUCAUGAGGAUCUACAAGUACCAGGCCCAUGGCUACGCCUUCAGCUCGGUGGAGGAGCUGCUGCACUCCCUGGGCGGCUCAUCCUUCAUCAACAUGACGCGGCGCUCCGUGUCCGAGUCCCUGCUGGAGCUGGGCGUGUCGCAGCGCUUCAUCGACGAGGUCAUCGCCGCCGUCAUGAGGGCCAACUACGGCCAGCCUGUCAGCAUCCCGGCCUUCGUAGGAGCGGUAUCCCUGGCUGGAGCCCAGGCCAAUAUGUGGUCAGUGGAAGGAGGCAACAAGCUGGUAUGUUCUGGCUUGCUGAACCUAGCUAGGGCCAGUCUCAUCCAUGCCAAAGUCACAGCAGUCGCACCGCAUGCAACAGCCGAGGGCACCCAGUACCAGCUGAGCUCUGUUAAUGAGAAGGAGGAGAAGGGCGCGGAGAUCUAUGACAUUGUCGUCUUGGCGACGCCCCUGCAGCAGGAUGGGUCGGCGGGCCUCGCUUUUGACGGCUUCGACCCGCCCCUGCCAGGAAUCACCGGCUCCUACCACCACACAGUGGCGUCCAUUGUCCACGGCUACCUCAACUGUUCCUACUUUGGCUUCCCGGACCCCAAGCUCUUCCCCUUCGCCAGCAUGCUGACCACCGACACGCCUGGGCUCUUCUUCAACAGCGUGGGCAGCGUCUGCCCCGUCAACAUCAGUGCCUCCUUCCGCAGGAAGCAGCCGCAGGAGGCGGCCGUCUACAAGGUGUUUUCCCAGCAGCUCCUGGGGAAGAAGGAGCUGAAGACCCUGUUCAAGUCCUACUACUCCGUCCAGGCGACGGACUGGCAGGCGUACCCCCAGUAUGGGUCCUCUCAGGCCCUGCCGCCCCUCGUGCUGCACGACGGCCUCUACUACCUCAACGGUAUCGAGUGGGCUGCCAGCGCCAUGGAGAUGAGCGCCGUGGCGGCCAAAAACAUUGCGCUGCUGGCCUACCACCGCUGGAACAGGCAGCAGGAGAUGAUCGACCAGAAGGACCUGGUGCACAAGAUCAAGACCGAGCUGUGACCGACCGGGCUCCUAGAGAGGGCAAGAGAGCUGGGGUCUGACAUUGUCAAUUGAUUUAACUUCUCCAAAAGAACUACAAUUUGCUUCCAGGAAAGCACAAAUACCCACAUGGCAGGGUAACUUGAACCUAUUCUUUCCUUCUGUGAGCAGGUGAAGGGGAUGGGUCAGGUUUUUCUGAUGGUGGUGGUCUUGAAGUGCCACAGGGACAUACAUCCGUUGACUCCCAGGGCCAGCAGAUUAUUCCCAGCGUGGGGAACGUAUGCUGCCGUGAAGCCCAGCUUCAGCUUGCUAAUUGUCAAGUAUAGUGUUAAUGUGACAAUACAGAUUUACAUUUCCCAUUUCCUGUCAGAUCUCUAAAACCAGGUGCACCAGCUGGUCUUGAUAGGAAACUAUGUUACAUAUAAGCAAGUUAGGAAACAGUAUUAAUUUUCAUUGUUGUUUUUUUCUGCCCCAUAGAGGUUAAUUGACCUUUCUGUUCUGGUAAGUUUGGACUUUGUCCUGUAGCAUCUGAACAAUAUGUGUAAAGUCUUACUUUACAAGGUGUGCUUUACUUAUAGUAUGUAUAUAUACAUUACUAAUAGUAAGAUAACACUAAGAUUUUCUAGUAUUUUUUUGUGCAAAAUCAAACCAGUACUUGAUCUGGCUGGAAGAAAUUCAUCUCAAUUUUAUAGUUCAUUGCUUUGUUCAAGUACAGUUGCACUGUGAAAUAGUAGACAUGUUCAUGGAAACUCCAUUUUAACAAGAUGUUUUUUCUUCUACAGAUAAUUCCAAGUAUGACAGUGGAUUGUCAGACCUAAUUAUGGUAUCAUGCAGUAUACUAAAUGAAACAAUGAGAGUUUGAAGAAUUUUUGUAAAACGUUUUUGAUUUUGAAGGAGGAGAUAAAGGACUGUUAGUCUUUUUUAUUUCAAAAGAUUCAUUUACAGCACUGAUUGUGACUACUGUAGGUUUCUGAAUUCAAAAUUCUUUGAGAAUGUUCUGCAAAUGAAGUGACACCCCAGAAGGUCUUUAAUAAAUAUCAAAAGCUGUUUUGAA